AUGGAACUUAAUAUACGUCAAAAUCUUCUUAAAAAUUGGCCACAAUUAUGGAUAAUAUUAGAAAAAUAUUUUUCUGAUAUUGAAAUUUUAAAUGUUAGUAAUUGUCGAAUGAAUUUCGAUAAAAAUCCAUCAAUUAUUUAUAAUAAUAUAAAACAAACUGUUCUUAUUGAUACAGAUAACGAUUGUUAUUUAUUUGAAAAUAUUUUUAAAUAUUAUCCGAAUUUAAUAAAUAUUCAUUUAGGUUUAAAUCAAUUAAGCUUUAUAUCAGAAAUAUUUGUUGAUCAAAUUCAAAAUUUCACAAAUUUAUCAUUAUCAGAUAAUCCAACAUUAAAACAAUGGGAUCCAUUUAUAAAUCGGUUAGGAAAAUUAAAAUAUCUUCAAGAAUUAAUUAUUAAUAAUUAUGGAAUUGAUCGUAUUAAAUUACCAAAUCAAGAUGAAUCGAAUGAAUUGUUUCCCUCAUUAAAACAUCUUUAUAUGUCUGAUACUAAAAUCUCAUCAUUUGAUUUAAUAAAUAAAUUAUCACGUUUAUCAUCAUUAAUAUCUUUAAGUAUUCUUCGAAAUCCAAUUUAUCUAACAAAUCAGAUCGAAAAUGAAACAGCUAAACGAAUGAUUAUCGCUCGUUUACCAAAUUUAACACAUUUAAAUCGAGUUUAA